GGUUCAGAAUCUGUGUUUCGUAUGAUUGACAGGAUUCUCUAUAGUAAUGCUGGAGAAAUGGGUUCCACAAAAUUAUCGCCUUCUUUUGAUAAACUCUUUCUGUAUAAAUGUGGCUUUCUCCCAUUUGGUUUUCGUUGGGAGAUUGAGUUUGCCAUAAGACAUUUGAGGAAAAAGAAAAUUUCCUGGCCAUGGAUGAACAAUCUGUUGAUACACCUCUUCUUUUGAGUCGAGGUGCUGGUUAUGUCAAGAAGACGCCUCUCUUUGUGUCAUGGGCCAAGUGGAGUCUCAAGUUUGUAAUAUGGGUCGUUUUCAUUGCAUGGGUUGCUUUUAUUUUCCUGUCCCCAGCGGAAUUUGUUAAUCAAGUGCGAAGGAAAUGGGUUCAGGCCACCAGUGGUUCUGUUUUUGGGAUUACAGGAAGCAUAUUCAUGGUGUACAGCGGCCCAAUUCUUGUUAUUGCGUUCCUUUCCAUAGCUUAUCUUAUCAUCUCUGGGGAAGAGGAGCUCCAUGAGAAGAAGGCUUCAAAACAUCCAAGUUUCCGCUUGUGGACUUUCCCCGUUCUUGUGGAUGGGCCAUUUGGGGUUAUUUCUGCCACGGAAUUUAUUGGGAUUCUCCUCUUUCUUCUUUUUGUUAUAUGGUCUGUGUAUGCGUAUACCAUGCAGAUACUCAGCUUAAUCUCUCAGUUCCAGUUUACUUUAAAAGAGAAGAGUUGUUUUAUUUUGGAAGUUCUGGGACUUCGCUUUGGUACGAUUGGAUUAUAUUGCUUGGCAUUUUUGUUUCUUCCGGUUGCAAGGGGAUCGGUUCUUCUCCGCCUUAUAGAUAUCCCUGUUGAGCAUGCGACAAGAUAUCAUGUAUGGCUUGGACAUCUCACAAUGCUGCUGUUUACUCUCCAUGGACUGUUCUAUGUAAUUGCAUGGGCAAUCGAGGGUAACCUUCUACAAGAAAUAUUGGAGUGGAAAGAUAUUGGUAUUGCUAAUCUUGCAGGAGUUAUUAGUCUUUUAGCUGGUCUUUUGAUGUGGCUGACAUCACUUUAUCCAGUGAGAAAGCAGCAGUUUGAGUUGUUCUUCUACACCCACCAACUAUAUGUAGUCUUUGUUAUCUUUUUAGCUUUGCAUGUUGGUGAUUUCAUUUUCAGUAUAGCUGCUGGAGGAAUAUUUAUUUUUAUACUUGAUCGCUUUCUGAGAUUCUGCCAAUCAAGAAGGACUGUUGAUAUAAUUUCAGCCAAGUGUCUUCCUUGUGGAUCUGUGGAAUUGAUUCUUUCAAAGCCUGCAAAUCUACGGUACAAUGCCCUUAGUUUUAUUUUCCUUCAAGUUCGGGAAUUAUCUUGGCUACAGUGGCAUCCUUUCAGUGUUUCAUCUAGUCCUCUAGAUGGUAAAUAUCAUCUCUCCAUUCUCAUUAAGGUUCUCGGGGAAUGGACAGCAAAGCUUAAAGAAAAUAUCUUGAAUAGUUCUGAAGCUGAACUUCAGGAUGAGCUACAUCUCCGGCCUCAAACAAAGAUAACAGCUUCAGUUGAGGGGCCUUACGGGCAUGGAUUACCGUAUCACUUGAUGUAUGAAAACCUUAUUUUAGUGGCAGGUGGCAUUGGGAUUUCACCAUUUCUUGCUAUCUUGAGUGACAUUCUCCAUCGUGUAGGAGAAGGAAAACCCUGUCUACCUCGAAACAUCUUGCUUGUUUGGGCUGUGAAAAGAUCAAACGAGCUUUCUCUUCUUUCUACUGUUGACAUGGAGUCGAUCUGUCCAUAUUUCUCUGAUAAACUAAAUCUUGAGAUUCACAUUUAUGUCACUCGGGAAUCAGAACCUCCACUGGAAGAGGGUAAAGUUCACAAGACUAAGAACUCUUCUCCCUCCCCUAUGUCGGAUGGAUGCAGUAUGUCUGUUUUGGUUGGUACAGGAAAUAAUAUAUUUUCUGGACUAUAUGUUAUCUCAUCUACACUGGGGUUUGUUAUCUUAAUUGGUUUACUGGAUAUUUUCUACAUAAACCCUUUUGGCAUAUCUUCAUGGUGGUACAAGGGGCUUCUUUUUGUAAUCUGCAUGCUUGCAAGUGUCUUUAUCUUUGGGGGUCUUGUGGUUGGUAUAUGGCAUCUUUGGGGACGAAAUGAAACCAGGCAGGAGGAAUGCGCGCGCGAGAUUGAUAGGAUAAAGGUUGAUAGGAUGCAGCAUAAUGAAACUGCAGCUCACAAGGAUCAGUCAACUCAGCAAAAUCUUCCGAGUUCAACCAAUACUUAUUAUGGUUCAAGGCCAGACUUCAAAGAAAUUUUUGGGUACGUUUCCGAGAAAUGGGGCCGAGUUGAUGUUGGUGUCAUUGUGUGCGGUCCUCCACCUCUUCAGACGAGUGUUGCUACAGAAAUCAGGUCACAUAACAUUAGGAGACAACGCCAUCAUCCAAUCUUCCAUUUCAACAGCCAUAGUUUCGACCUGUAGGGUGACCCUAGAUUUGUAUUUCCUUGAUAAGCUGUAUCCAAUCUUCCCACCUUCGUUAUCUUCCCCUUAGUGGAGGCAACACCUUGGCUUCCUAUCAUGUAGGCACCACCUUCGUUGUCUUCCCCUUAAUGUAAUCAAUGAGCUUAGAAGCCAAAUUUGCCCUGUUGAAAUGUAUAUUUGUAAGUAAGUACACUUAUAUAUGUACAAAUGUUUUUAUGAAUA